UCUUCACCACUGUAGGAGAGAAACACUGAAGGGCUCGCGCUUCCUCAGUUAACACCAGACACCUUGCAGGCAAAGCGCGCGCGCCUCACGUGGGAUGGUAAAAGAAAUGCUGUCAAACACCAGCAGCGGGCUCACGAGUCAGGCGGCGGUUAUGAUCUGAAACCAUUUUGAGAGGGGGCGAAAAUUAAACGAGCCAUGAAAAAACACCUGAGCCCCACGAAGCAGCAGCAGCAGCAGCAGCACCAGCCGCCGCCCCCACCGACAGACAUCCCGGCUGAAGGCGGAGAGGUUACCGUCCAGAAGCUCAACGAGCUUCUCUCCGACGGCAGCGGCUUCUACAACCUUCCCACCCAGCACUACAAUGAGGUCUUCCCCAGGAUUUACAUCGGGAACGCUUUCGUGGCCCACAACCCGAUGCGACUGCAGAAACUUGGUGUGACGCACGUCCUCAACGUGGCAGAGGGCACCUCCUUCAUGCACGUCAACACCAGUCCGGAGUUCUACGCCGGCACGGGGAUUACUUACCACGGCAUUCCAGCCAACGACACAAAGGGCUUCAACCUCAGUACCUUCUUUGAGGAGGGGGCUGAUUUUAUAGACCAAGCACUAGCACACAAUAAUGGCAAAGGGAAAGUGUACGUGCACUGCAGAGAAGGCUACAGCCGCUCCCCGACCAUGGUUGUUGCUUACCUUAUGAUGCGCCACAAAAUGGACGCCCGGCUGGCUCUGGCCACCGUGAGGCACAAGAGAGAGAUCGGCCCCAACGACGGCUUCCUUCACCAGCUGUGCCAACUCAACGAGAAGCUGGCGAAGGAGGGCAAGCUGAACGGAGAGGUGGGCAAAUCAAAGACCAAAUGAAAACGGGAGAGCUGUCUGAAGGACCCGUCUCGUCCUGUCAGGCCCAACCCACCCUGACCAAACCAGCACCCAUCUAACAUAUCAGGGGUACAAACAUGCAUUUAUCUGUGUAAAUACUUAUCCUCCAUGUGUGCACAAACCUUUUAAUUAUCCCAUCUUCCUUUUUAUUAGCCCACACAGUUCACCUCUGGGUAGAUUUUCCUGCAUAUUUUAGCUCUUAGUUUGUGUAAUUACAAGCUCACCUUCCUGAAGCAUUUCUUUAAUUCCCAAAAGUUAAUGAGACAAAAAAAAAAAAACUUGUCCUGAUUUUUAAAAUAUGCUUACAAAUUUGUAUCAAACAGAACAUCAAAGCACAAUCAUUCCAUAGUUUUCCACUGCCGGAAUGUCAGUGAUGUCUCCACGAACAGGGAUAAAUAAUAAUAAUAAUAAAAAAAGAUAACCCUAAUUAUUAGAAAUGUGUGUUCAUGGAGAAGGAGUGGAUGAAGGAAAAUCCCAAACAUUCCAAUGAAACUAAAACUGAAAACAGAAACCGAGGCUUAAUCCUUAAAAUACUCAAGUCUUUAUCUUCCUGCAACUGCUUUGUGGCAGAUGUUUAAUGCACAAACAACUAAAUGAAUACACCCUCUCACUCUCGAAUGCAUCCAAGCUCUGGCUGUAGCGUUUCACUUUUGGCUUCUAGUUUGACAACAUUGGCAAUAAAAUUGUUGAGACAACAGGAACCAAUAAGGGUUGAGCUUAUUAAAAAUAAUGAGGGGGAGCUCGUGUUGCAGCUCUGUUUACGUGCAAAUGUGACAGAUGCUCCCUUUGGUUGGCUUGUAUACCUAGUUGGUUUUCAUGUUAAAAAGGUAAAAUGGAAAUGACUAUUUAAAUUUCAUUUAAAAAGAGCUUGUGUUUGACAAAAACCAUAUCCUCCAGCGGAAUAACUUUUCAGAUAUACAACAUCACAUCCUACCUUUUAUGUGCAAAGCAUUUAGAUUGCAAAGGUAGAUAAAGUCAUCUCAAACUCUUUGCAGAACUAGAAAGUUUACUUUUGGAGUCCUGUAUAAAAUCCCUCUAAUAAAUCAGAAAUCAUGAUAGAAUGACCUGUCAUCACUAGGGCAUAAUUCUAUCCACCAAUAAUCACUUUUUAUAGCAACUGAAAAGCUCAAUGUUUAUUGUACAGUUGUUUUCUUUUGCAUCUUAUGUUUCUCAAUCAGGUUGUGGAGUUUUUUUCCUCUCCGUUAAGGAACUUGGACCUGGAAGAAGCUGGCUUGUGGUGCCCACAGAGGCAAAAUAAGAGAUGGAAAUGUUUAUAAAGAUCACAGAUCAUAAAUGUUCAACAGGAUGAGCGCUUGGUAUCAAUCUAGAGGUUUCAUUACAUAACAAAAAGGACCUAUUUUUCUUAAAUAUUAAUAUUGUACAACAUCAUACAAUUUCAUAGUAACACCAAUGGAUUAAUAGCAUCUACUCAACUGAAGGGUGUAUUAAAAUUAACAAAUCAGUUUAACCUUAUUCAGGUUUUAUUAUUAUUAUUCAAACCAGUUGUUUGCAGUCAAACAUUUAUUUUGCAAGAGAGAUUCAAAUGUUUUCUUAAAGCACACCCUAGAGGCAACAAAUACAGGACUAAUAGGAGAGAACCAAAAAUGCACCCUUGGUGCACCCCACAAGUAAGUGGGGCUACAGAGGAGAAACAUUUCUAUAAAGCAGCAGCUAAUUAAAUACGUUUGGUCCAUAUGGCAAACAGAUGGCCUCACAUGUGGCUCUAGAAAACCUUGCUAUACAGAGGAGUUCAUGGUCAACUAAAUGACUGCAAUGUACAUUGGUCCUGUGGCUGCAAAACAAGCCCAAACUAUCAUACUACCACCACCGUGCUUUACAUUUGGCUAGAUGUCUUUUUACUGAUAUACUUUGGUUUAAAUAGCUCUUCUUUGGUCUCAUCUGUCAAAAGGACAUUCUUGAAGUUGAAUUCAUUAAGAUGAUGGUUUAUCCCUCUAAGUUGUGCUUAGUAGUAGAAGUUGCCUUCAAAAAAAUAUUUCUCCACAUUUUUAGUAUCACAAGCUCAGUUUCAAUUACUUUAAAAGAAAACAGACUAUUCCAGUGUUGCGCACACUGCCCUAAUCAAUUUAGAUGUCAAUAAUAAUGGUGUGUGUCUGAAAGAGACUGAGACAGUUUUGUUCACCAAAGUUUUAACAGUGUUUGCUCUGCCUGAACAGACAACAUCAAAAUUCCUGAUGAAUGCGGAUAAAAUCCCAAAUCUCAGCAAAUCGUGGCUCUAGGUGUGUCAAUAGAAUAAAACUUUAUGAGCUUUAUCUUUCCCAGUGCCACGUUCAAUGUUGCAGUUUCAAGAAGCCAAUUUCAAUCUAGUGGCCUUUCAGUGUCAAACGUGUCAGCUGGAAAGGAUGCGAUUGGCCUUCAAUCGAGAGCGUUUCCAUCAUCACACCAGAGAGUAAAUCCACUGCCAGUUCCCUGACACAGCCCUGCAACCAGUAUCAGAUGCCACUGUUUCAUCAACACCGUUUGUCACUACAUACCCACACCCCUAGAUGUGUGCCAAACAGAAACUCAUGCACACACAUGAACCUUUUUUUGUUUGUGUGCACUAAAGCAUUGCAAUAUAUGUCAAUACCCUAUCAGAUAUAUAGAAUGUAAUCGUAUUUAGAAUGACUAACCCAGCAGUACUUGUUAUGUAACCACCUCAGUUCUAUAGUUCGUUGCUAGAGACAUUGCAUUUACAGCAUUAGAGGACAGAAGUAUACACGUAUUUGUCCCGGGAAGGAUGACGUACACAGGAGAUGAAAGCGAAAUACGAAGAGAAAGAACUGGCUUCAGUCUCAAAGUCUAUGUCCAACAAUCCAGAUUAUAUAAAAUUCAGAAUCUGGUGGGUCGAAUAUUAAAACGACUUUUUCACCUCAUUAAUGCCACUGUUAAUUCCUCUCUCAAUAUAUCUGUAUACAUCUGAAUAUAUAUGUAUAUGUAUACUGUAUAUACAUAUUUAAGUGUUGACAUAUAUGAAUGUAUAAGCAAUGUGUCUAUAAUGCGUAGGUAUCGUCAUUAUGUCCUUUUAAAUAUCAUGUUAUAUUUGUGUAAGGGUCCUACCGCCAUUGUUACUGUUUAAACAACAAAACAACAUGUACAUUAUUAUUCAGAUAUGAUGUGCAUGUCAAGUGCUGUACAAUUGUGAUCUUUUAGCCGUUUUUUUUUCAACCAGAACACACAUCAUUUGGUUUAGAGAUGCACCAAUCGGCCAAAAAGUUCGGUAUUGGCCAAUUUUUCUUUGCUUUUCUGUGAUCGAUGAUCCGCUGGUCAACCAUUGCAAAAUAAUUAUUUUCUUCUUGUUCUGUUCAUUAAAUGCAUUAUACUUAAAAACUCUAAAUAUCUUCGGUCUGUAAAUGCAUCAACCAACGCCAUGCCAGGGUUCCUAUGCAGUCUGGAAAAUUAGGGAAUCUGAUUUUCUAAUUUAAAUAAGCAUGGAACAAAGAAAGCUUGGGAUGGAAAAAUGUUUGACUUUUAAUACUACCUUCCAAAAGACAGAUGAUGCCUUUUUUAUAUUUGACUUGCAAAAACAAAACUGAAGUUUUAGUCUUAACUGAAUAGUCUUUGAUGUACUGACAGAACCGACAGAUAAUUAUGCACUCAUUCAGAAGUUAAAAUUCUGUCCUUUUACUGCUUCUUUGGCCUCUAGACCCUCUCAGAUCCAGAUUUUAAAUAUUACUCAGGGUUUUUAAACCGGGUGUGGCUUAGAUGCCAAACAAAGCAUUCGCACUACUAUAAUUACUUUAUAAAUACUUUAACUACUAUUUCUUAGUUUUUGUGUUGGAUUCUAAACUACCUCCAUCAAAGAACCUGAAACACAACUUUUCCGUCUUUAAGUUCUGAUCUUUAAAAUAAUAUCGGUAUCGGGCAGGAAAGGCCUGAUCGGUGCAUCUCUAAUACUUAGUUUUAAUUUGAGUCCCCAUGCAGUUCCUUCAUGAACUACAGCCACAUACAUACUGAUUAUCAGUACCAUUAUAUCCAUGAAUGCACUAACAGCUGUACCCCUUCUAAAGGUGAUUUUUAUUUAUUUAUUUAUUUAUUUACUUUUGAUCCCCCUGGAUGUCAAGCCUUUCCUGGAUGGGUAUCCGCAGAAUGCUUCAUUCUUUAAACAAAAGGUAGCAGACUCAUGUUCCAUUUCACCACACUGAUGUCUCUCACAGGCUCUGUGGAUUACAAGUUUGAAAGUUUCACAAAAAACAUGACAAUUUACUGGGAGGGUUUACUCACUGCAGGGCAGGCAUGUUUUAACUACUCCACACCUCCUCACUUUAAAAGUCAAAACGAUCACUGGGAGAUUUUACACAGAGCAGCUUUUUCAGUUACACAUCAGUCCUAAAUCUGACAACAAAGUCUCGUGCUGCAUCAUAUUAAAACUUGAAUUAUGCGAUGUUUUACAUAACUUGACCUUUACCUAAAAUAAACAAACAGCAUCUGUUCAGCCAUGCAGAUAUUUUCAUAUCACUGUCGCCCCCUAGUGACACAGAAACAGAUGGUGUAAUCAACUAGCCGCCUGUUUUCUUUGUAAAUGACUUUUAUUUCACUUUGCAAGCUUUGGGUCCACAGGAAAUAAAAUCAGACUAUUCAUAAACUUGAUCAACAUAUCAUUUUUACUUUUAUUUAUCCUAACAUGCUUUAGGAACACAUCGGUUCUGUUAUUUGCUUUAACAACCAAAGGUAAUUCAAAAUUGAGCCAAUUUGAUUACUUGGACAUGAAUAUAUUUGACCUCUCUGACUUCUGUGUUCAAAAACUUUAGCUACGACAUGUCUUUGUCUCCUUGAAAUCUAAUUCUAUAAUUACACCAUCUUAUGAAUGCAUCUCUGAUCUAAGAAGUGUGAAAAAAAACAUUUUAUAGAGCUUGUAUUUUUUCACAUUCUGUCAUGUUACAGCCACAGACUUUAAUACAGUUUAUUGGGAUUUUAUGUAAAACACAAAAGAAACUUUGAGUGGAAGGAUUUUAUAAAAUGAUUUAAUAGAAAAAGUGUGGUGGGGAUUUGCACUCAGCCCCAACCCCCCCCCCCCCCCCCCCCCCGCUCCCGAGUCAGCUUUUUGUUGACUCGGGUGUAACAGCCUUUUGUUGCUGUUAUACCUGCUAUUUAUGGAUGUCUCCUCUGGCUUUGCACAUCUAGAAAAAUGGGGCACUAUAUUUCCCUAUUUUUCUUUGAAAAACAGCUCAAGCUCAGUAAAAUUGAUGGGGAGCAUCUUUGAACAUCGAUUUUCAAUUCUGGACACAGAUUCUUCAUUUUGUGUUGGUCUGGUCUUGGACUUGGCCGUUAUCUCGCAAACCAUGGAGGCAUUUGCAUAAUAGUUGGAUUCCUACUGGGAAUAAAUUACACACAAGUGGACUGUGAUUAUUACAAUUAUUUACUAAUCAGGUGAAUCGAUUUCAGAGUAUCAGACUAAAGGAGGCUGUAUGUGAAUGCAGUUUUCAGAAUUUUAUUUGUAAAAAAUAAAUAGGAAUGAAAACCAUGUAAUAUUUUCCUUUCUUUUUAGCAUUGUAUACUGCUUUGUGUUAGUGUAUCAUGUAAAAUCCCAAUAAAACGCACCAAAGUCUGGCUCUGUAACAUGACAAAAUGUGAGCAAAGUUUAAGAGGUGGGAAUACAUUUACAAGGCUUUAUGUACAGCCCCCCUUAAUGCCCAUAAAUACAGAAAGAGCGUAAUUUUAAAGGCCUCUUAUGUCAUAAAAGCCAAUAUUAAGAUUUCCAAACAUUCACUGACAUGUCCAGAACUGCUAUGAACUCUGACACAAUAUUGGCCAUGAAGAAAAGCCAGAUAAGGUAAUAUUCUCACAGGGAGUUAAACCUGAGUUCACACUCUGUCAAAUGAGAACAGGAGAGCAGUUUUAAGGCCUCUCAGUCCUUACAUACAAGUUGUUCCACUCAACUCUGACCUGUGUCAUUUGUGGUCGUGUGAAAAUGUCUGAGUUGAUCUUUAAAGCUGCUCGUUUGAUUCCCCCUUCCACAAAUACUUGCUUCUAAACAGCCUAGAGUUUAAUUUUAAAGUAAUAUUUCUCUCUGCAUGGGUUAUUUCCCAUGACUCAGUCAUACGUUUCACACCAUACAUUGAUAGAGGGCCUACGGCUCCCACAACUACAUAAUCCCAAACGCCAAGUGACCCAAAAUCAUUUGCAAGUUCAAAACUGACUCCUUUUCCAUUCAUAUGGUUUCUAUUUUCACUCAUCUAAAUGUUUGUGAGUGCUUUUUAAUACUGUUCUUCAUUCAGGUGGAUAUGUUCUACCACACCAGUAAACUGAAAAAGCUCCUCUGUGACUAGACAUGGGCUAGCAUCAGAUUUCGGUGGCAUAAUCAUUUUUAGCAUCGUUUUGCAAUCAUUUUGAUAAUCUUCCACCAAACAUUAAUUCUCAUUUUCCAUUCUCUGUUUAUUUCACCAGUAGACACAAGGCUUGCCGCAGCUGUUUGGUUAGCGACAGGCGGGGCUCCACGCCGUAUCUGCCAUUUUUAUUUACCUGACAAAUUUCCAGCCAACUUUUUCUUGUUGGUUAUGGAAAUAAAACCUUUCCACGUUUGGGCAUCCAAAGUCCCACACCCCCCCCACCCCCCCCCCCCCCCCCGUCUCAGUAAAAGGACUUUCAAAUGUUAUAACAACAAUACUGAAAGUUUUCAAACCCCUUUUUCUUUUGCACAAACUGGAACCUGGAAGCCAAGGUGUGAUCAAACAUAAACCCACAUCCCCACUGCUGGCUCUAAUGCGUAAAAGGGUAAUGAGUAAGAAAAACACUGCCGCCUGCUGUUCAGCCCACCCAUUUCUUUGUACACAUUGUAGUAAUUUCUGGGGCAUUUUUUUUAACAUAUGUUUGCCUCUUUUUCUCCUUACUUUUAACAUACUACACACUGACCAUUUGUUUACCUGAUACCAGCACUAUUUUAUGGAUCCCACUAUGUAUUACAAAGAAGGUGAGAUGCCAUUAUGUAUGUAACGCAAAGCAAUCGUGAAUUGCUGCAUUUCAACUUUAUAGCAGGCCUGGUACAGUGUAAAGAUUGGACAGUGUUUGAAUGUAAUAAGUUAAAAAUGCUGUAGAAAAAUAUGUGAAUUUAUUGACGUUUGGCUUUAAGUUUUUCGGGGGGUACAUUUUUUUUUGUGCUGUUCGUUUUUUCCCCCUUUUAUUUAUUUAUUUAUUUAUUUUGUGCAAACUAUUCUUGUGACUUACUUCUCCGACCUUUCUGUUAAAUACCCCUUGUCAUUAUCGGUGUUGCUUUUGGAUGAGUCACCUACAUGAAUAAUGGUAGUCAGAGCUGGGCCAGACUGUAAUUGUAACUCAUUGCUGUUGUAGAAGAGGCUAGUUAAAUCAAUCAAGUGCAGCCAGGUAGUUGUGUUUAUUAUCACAGAAAAGUACGUAAAUCGACUUUUAAGUAAUUUCCUGCGAUUUUCUCUCAAUUUUGCAGUCCCAUGCGGUGCAAGUCAGCCAUCUGUAGACCCGAAAAACCUGAAAUGAGAGUCAAUUGAUAUCUCACAGCACGGAAACUCGUCUGGUUUAGCUCUUCUAAAUUGUCCACGAUGUAGUAAUCUGUACCCUCUGGUGCUCCUGAGGACUUUCAAACAUAUGCCGGAAAUUACUUUCAAAUACCGCUUGGCCCAGGUGACACUCCAUCUGUCGCCAUUUUCUCGCCUUCGUUCUGAUAAGUGGCUUAAAGCAGACGUUUUAGCACAAAUGAGCCCACUGCCUGACUCCUCCGGAGUCCAUUACGCGGUCCACGUCUUGUCUCGUUACGUUUCUGUUCAUGUAAAGAUUCUGCAAAAGGUCUUUGUUGUGAUGUUGGAUUGUCUGUAAAUGGGUCUUUGUCAUUGCUGACGUCUCAACAGAAGCAUCACCACCCAAAGCCUUACAGUAAUGACUGAUUCGGGACCGGUUUAUCAGUUUGUGUAUUUCACUUCAAGCAGCUGGAAGGGGCCGAGCCCUUAAAAAUGUUAGAUGUUGUUGAAGUGCACUUGAUUCUGAAUCGCAGUGUUGUUUUUGUUACCUUGGAGUCCAUUCUUUCUUAUGUUUUAAAACAAAUAAAUGAAUGAGGUAAUACCA